CCAGUGGAGCUCCAUACAUUCGAGUUGCUCUCUCACAUCAAGAGCAGCUCCACCACCUUGCCUCACCCGCCUGUCUUUCCUAAAGAGCACAUAGCUGUCCACGACAGCAUUCCAGUCACAUGAGCUGUCCCACCACGUCUCCGUGACCGCAAUGAGAUCACAUCCCUGUAAGCACACACAGAUCUCUGGUCCUUCCUGUUUAUUCCCCACGCGGGGUGCAUUGCUAUACGGGCACUGGGAGAGGGACAGUUCUUGCAGGCAGGCUCUCUGGAGAGGUUAUCUGGGCGGCCAAUGGGGGGCCUCAGUGCCUCCUGGCAAGGAGUCCCCCGUCACUAAGACAAUGCUGGCGCGGAACGCGUCCGCCCCAGAGCCGAGUGCCUCCAAAAACAUGCUGUGUUUUGGGGCCAGCAAGGUUGCCAGGCAUGCUGUCUGGUCCCCAGCCCAGGGCACGUCAAUCUCUGUGAGGUGACACUCCUCGGUGCGAUGUCACAGUGGCUGUCUCUUAGUCCCCUGUGGCAGCGGUGGGAGCGGUGGCUCAGUAGCUUGUGGAAGCUGCAGGAGGAGGACCCAGAGAGAGCAUUGUGUCUAUCUGGAGAGAUCCUGCUGUGAUGGAGCGGCUGAGAGCCCUUCGAGGUCUCUUUGCUUGUGUGGGCUGCAUGCCCAGGCGUACGCGUCGCGGGAGCGGAGGCAGGGUGGCAAGCUCUGUCCCUGCUUGUCCCGUGACUUCGCUGCUGCAGCGCCUGCAAGACAAGGAGGGUGACCGAGCGCAGGCGUACUGCCAGCUGGAGAGCGCCCUGUGGGAAGAGGGCAGCCGCCCGCCGUGCGGGGUGGCGAACCGGCUGCUGGCAGAGGUGUCCCGGGACCUGACGGCGGCCCAGGGCGUGACAGACAACCUGAGGGUGGCUGCCAGCAAUGUCCUGGUGGCUCUGGCGCGGUCGCACUUCAGCUUGGUGAUGGCCGAGCUCCAGGGCCACCUGAAGGCCAUGGGGGAGAUGUCCAAGGAGUUUGUGCUCAUCACCCUCAGCAAGCUGUUCAGCAUCUACGCUCCGCAGUGCAUCGCCUUCAUGUGGCUGAUACUGGCCGGCCUGCGCAGCGUGGCCGGCCAGGUGAGGAGCGGCCGCACCCUGCGCGUCGCUUGUGCUGUUGUGAAACAAUGGUCAGAAGGAGUCCAGUUUCACCUGUACUCGGGAAAGCAAUGCUCCUGGCCCACCACGGAGAAAGAGCGAAUCUAUGAGAAUCUUUACCAGCUCCUCUGCUCCGUGGUGAGGAACUGGCAGGGCUGCGAGGAGGAACAGGUGAGCACUGCUGCAGUCCCAUCCCGGGAUGGCAGCGGGGACAUCCACGCUGGCAGCUCUGUCUGUGCCCAGUAGGCUGAGAGCAGAG